AUGGAGAAAGUCCAUAGCGCCGACCACCACAAGGCUGCCGACUCAAUUAUUGAAGAUGUGGCACCCAAGGUCGAACAGGCACGUGCAGCCGCUCAAGAAGAACACAGUCUCUCGGUGUGGGAAGCCCUUUCCAAGAACAAGACUGUCGUCUUCUGGUGUGUCUUCUUUGCCUUCAGCUGCAUUGGUUGGGGCUUCGACGCACAGGUGAAUGGCGCCAUGAUCUCAGUGCCACAGUUUCGGUAUACCUUCGGCUACAUCUACAAAGGACAACCCGUGAUUCCCGCCAGCUGGCAGAGUGGCUUCAAUAGCAUCUCCAGCGUUGGCCAGUUUUUCGGUGGCUUUAUGUGCUCAUGGAUCUCCGACCGCAUCGGACGUCGGCACUCCCUGCUCAUAGGGCUGGCCUUUGUCACGGGGGGUAUUUUCGGUGAGGUCUUCUCGACCACCAGACCGGCCUUCCUCAUCGGCAAGUUGAUCCUGGGUGUCGGCCUUGGAUUCUACUUGACCAUCGGCCCUCUCUACUGCUCUGAGGUGGCGCCGGUCGUUCUUCGUGGCAUGAUCACUGGCGGCAUCAACUUUGCCAUUGUGAUUGGACAGCUCCUGUCAAAUGCCGUUAUCAAAGGAUUCGGGGACAGAACCGACCGCUGGGCUUUUCGAGGGCCUUUUGCCAUUCAAUGGUUGUUCGUCGCCAUACUUCUCGUCGGCAUCCCUUUUGCACCCGAGUCUCCUUGGCACUAUGUCCGUCGCGGCCGCAUGGAAGAUGCUCGACGCUCACUCGAGCGUCUGCACGGCAAGGAUGUUGAUGUAUCACCGAAGCUGGCCAUGAUCAUCAGGACCGUCGAGGAGGACGCCGAAUUGUCCAAGUCUGCCAGAUGGGACCAAUGCUUCCGCGGCACCAACCUCGUGCGAACAACCAUUUCGGUCGGUGCCUUUGCCUGCCAGCAUCUCUCGGGUAUUGUUUUCGUGUUGGGUUUCUCGACCUACUUCUUCGAGCUUGCCGGAAUCCAAACAAAGGACGCUUUCGACCUUGGUGUGGGAGUCACGGCCUGCGGUGUGGUUGGCGUCAUGAUCUCGUGGGCAGCGAUCAACACCCUAGGUCGGAGAAAGCUGUUCGUCUCGGGCAUGGUCGGCAUGACCAUUGUCCUCGUCUUGAUGGGGAUUCUCGACGUCGUCCACACCUCGGCUGCUCGCUGGGUUCAAGCCUCGUGCACCGUUGUCUACGCACUCAUCUACCAGAUCACAAUCGGGUGCAUCGCAUUCGCUUUACUCGGCGAAGUUUCCAGUCCCUCACUUCGAGCCAAGACGGUCGGUCUCGCCACUGCAUGCCAAGCUGUGUUUGGCACGGUGAUGAACAUUGUGGUUCCCUACAUGGUCAACCCAGACAAGGCCAACUUGAAAGGCAAAGUCGGCUUUGUGUUUGGUGGAGCCUGUGCUUUGGGCACCGUGUGGAGCUACUUCUACGUGCCUGAGCUGAAGGGCCGCACAUUCCAGGAGAUUGACUAUUUGUUCCAGCACCGAGUUCCACCCAGGAAAAUGGGCGAGUACAAUCUCGAGGAUGUCAAUGAUGUUUUGUGA